AUGUUUUUUCAUGGGAUGGAAGCCCCUCAGUCCUCCCCAAUGGAUGAUUUACGCCCACAUUCCUCUGCAAAUGCAUUUCUCGCUCGCCUUCUCUCGCUCCUCCACCGCUUUCGACCCGACAAUGAUGGAACGACUGAACUUCCGCAACCUUCGCGGCCUUUGGCGGUCCAUCUACGCACACUCCUCGCUCGCCUGUCCUCACUCAUUCACCGCUUUUCACCUGAAAGUGAUGCACCAAAUGAACUUCAGCAACCCUCCACGCCUUCCCGGUUAGAUCCACAUGUGCUUCUGGCUCGCCUUUCCUCACUUUUCUCCCGAUCUCGACUCAGUACCGACGAAGAAGGCGAACAUCAUCCAACAUUGCCUACGAGUUCACAUUCAGAUGCGAGGCUCAUCGGCCGGCUGUCCUUAUUCUUCCGCUCUCAACCCCACACCAACGAAGAAGCCGAACAUCAUCCCACAGUGGCUUCAAGUUCACGUCCAUAUGCGAGGCUCGUCAGCCGGCUGUCUUCACUCUUCCGCUCUCAACCCCACACCAAUGGACAAACAGAACUUCCGCAACGCCCAAGUCGUCCUCGUGUUGUCGACGUGGCUGCAGUGCGGGACAAACAGAGUUUGGUUGUUGCUCGGGGGCCAAAUUUUAAGAAAGCAAAACGAGCAUAUGAGGAACGAACCAAAUCCCACGCUCAAGCUCAGGCAUCGUCAUCGGGCACUCAGCCUGCCCAUGCUUCGACAUUAGCGACAUCUCCUGUUCCAGGUACUAACACUACCACAAUAGGCGCAGCAACCCCGCAGUCACCACCCAUCCCAUGGUGGAGUCAGAUCGUGCUAUUUCUCUGCUGUGCAUCUCCACCACCUGCCAAUAGUCAUUGA